AUGCAGUGCAAUAUCAACAGAAGGGAUACGCGCACCGACACCGUCAAGCAGGCAUCUGCAGCUGGCCUCCGACCAAAGGCUGAUUUUUUCCUCACCCUUAGAAGUGAGCAGAUCCGAGCAACCUUGGAGCGUGACCAGACGCUGUCUACAUUUUCAUCCGCUGGAGGCAGUCUUUGCAAAUGCAUGCCGCCCGUGUAUCGGGCAAUGGAAGCGAACCGACUGCACUAA